AAGGCCCUAGUGCAAUCCCUCAAAUUCCGCCUGUUAGCAUCCGACAUCACGCUGUCCCUCCAGCCCUACGCGAACCUAUGUCUCCCACCGACGCUUCCCGCAAAAGCGCCCGUAUCCAGCACCCUCCCUAAUGACGGCAUCAUCGUCCAGAUGCUGGACAUCCACGACAUCAGCUCCUCCCGUAGCGAUGCUCUGGACCGCCUGGAGAUGGCGGAGCGCGGCGAGGUAAUGCGCGGGCGCGAGGUCAUCCGUGUCGUCCCCGGGGAAGAUAAUACCGCCAACGAUACUGGCUCGGGUGAGGCACGCGCGGGAACGAGGAGUAUGCACAAACUACUGCUGGAAGACGCGGCAGGCAGGAGGGUGUGGGGAUUUGAGCUGGAGCCUGUGGUCGGUGUGAAAGUGGGGAUGAAUAUUGGUGCGAAGAUGCUGCUGAGGGGGUGUACGGUUGCGAGGGGCGUCGUGCUGUUGACCGCAGCUACGGCAACGGUGCUGGGGGGAAAAGUGGAGGCCAUGCAGGCUGCUUGGAUGGAGGGCAGGAAGAGGGCUCUAAGGGAGGCGGUAGAG